UCAGAGGCCGAGUAGGGCGGGUCAUGCCUUCGCCAUCCUAGGAAACGCUAAUGUUCAUACAGGAAACCAACAUAGUUUACACCGGGGAGCCUACAGACGAUAAGUUUCACUUUCGGACUAAAGUUCGGAUUUCUGCUGAAAGAGGACAGCUCCAUGACACAAUAUUACAAAAAGUGGAAUAUUAACACGGCUGGGGGCUGCUGAUUGGAUGCACGUUUGAGGACAAAACGGCGGCUUUUCUUCCUGUUUGAUUGUCGUGUGAGCCCAUGGCGUCCAUAUCAGAGGAGGACCUGUCCUGUCCGGUCUGCCAGGACAUCUUUAAAGAGCCUGUGGUGCUCUCAUGCAGCCACAGCUUCUGUAGAGGCUGUCUGCAGAGCUGGUGGACAGGGAAACGGAUCCGGGAGUGUCCAGUGUGUAAGAGGAGGUCCUCCAGGAGUGAUCCACCUCGUAACCUGGCCUUGAAGAACCUGUGUGAGUCUUUCUUACUGGACCGAGACCAGAGACCUUCAGGGGCUCUCUGCAGUCUGCACUCGGAGAAACUCAAGCUCUUCUGUCUGGACCAUCAGCAGCCCGUGUGUCUGGUCUGCAGAGACUCGAGGAGACACGCCUUACACAGAUUCAGACCCAUCGAUGAAGCUGCACAGGACCACCGAGAGGAGCUCCAGGAGGCCCUGAAGCCCUUACAGGAGACACUGAAGCUCUGCCAACAAGUUAAAGUGAAGUUUGAUCAAACAGCAGAACACCUGAAGGUCCAGGCCCGACGCACAGAGACCCAGAUUAAGGAUCAGUUUAAGAAGCUUCACCAGUUUCUAGAAGAGGAAGAGGAGGCCAGGAUGGCUGCACUGAGGGAGGAAGAGGAGCAGAAGAGUCAGAGGAUGAAGGAGAAGAUGGAGGCUCUGAGCAGAGAGAUAGCAGCUCUUUCAGACACAAUCAGAGCCACAGAGGAGCAGCUGAGAGCUGAAGACGUCUCAUUCCUGAUCAACUACAAGGCUGCAGUGGGACGAGUCCAGCAGAGCCCCCUGCUGGAGGAUCCACAGCUGCUCUCAGGAGCUCUGAUAGACGAGGCCAAACACCUGGGCAACCUGAGCUUCAACAUCUGGGACAAGAUGGAGGACCUGGUCUCCUACUCUCCAGUUAUUCUGGACCCAAACACUGCUCAUCCAGACCUGGUCCUGUCUGAAGAUCUGACCAGUGUGAGACGAGGAGUGAGACAGCAGCUUCCUGGUAACCCCGAGAGGUUUGAUUAUUGGUGCUCCGCGCUGGGCUCCGAGGGCUUUGACUCGGGGACCCACAGCUGGGACGUCGAGGUCGGAGACAGCAGGCUGUGGUUCCUCGGCGUGGCGAAGAAGUCCGCCCAGAGGAAAGGGAGGACCUGGUCUGGCAUGUGGAGAAUAGGAUUCUCAAACGGUAAAUACAAAGCCUUCUCUCCGAGAGCCCAGCCGAUGGUCCUCCGAGCGAGGCAGCUCCGGAGGAUCCGGGUCAGACUGGACUGGACCAGAGGAACUCUGUCGUUCUCAGACCUCGAUACCGGCUCACACGUCUACACAUACACCCCCUCUCUCACCGAGAGGCUGUUCCCCUACUUCAGCAACAGCAGCGAGGCCCCCAUGAAGAUCUUACCACAGGGGGACGAGGAAGAGGAUGAAGAUGAAGAGGAGGAGGAGAAUGAUGAUGAGGAAGAAGAUGAAGAUGAUGAGGAGGAGGAUGAAGAUGAUGAUGAGGAGGAGGAUGAAGAUGAUGAGAACGACUACUACAACUACAAUGAAUAUGAUUAUUCUGAUAAUGAUGAUUAGGCAGCUUUGCAGUUUUGUAGUGGUGUUUGAAUUCUCCACGGUUAAUUUCAUUCACUAUAUAGUCCAGUAUAGUAGUAUCCAACACGCAACAUAAACAAUAUAUACAACAUAUAAAAUAUACAAGAUGUAACUUUCCUAUUUAACAACCACUAGAAAGGGAACAGGGAGGGAAUGAGGGAACAGAUUCAAACAUAGCUCAUGUCUUAUUUCUAUUUUAUUUCACCUUUUUCUUCUGUUUUUAAAGAGGUUUUCCUCUGUCACACACAAGGAGCAGAGAGACAUUGAUGUUUAAGAUUGUGGGCCGACUGUAUUCUGGAUUAUUUAAACAGUUCUUGGUAUCGGUACUGAAAUGCUGUGUAACGGUUUAAGAUCCUAUAGUUUCAGUAGGGCUGGCUACCAAACUUCUCCUUUUAGGCACACACUGAAUUGCCUCCUUUAUUGUUGUGUAUCAAACAAUGCCUCGUCAUUCAAUACCAGAGUUUAUUACCUAAAAUCACAUCAGCGAGCCAAUCAGCACGCAGCAUGCUUCUACCACGAUGUAACAAUGCUUGUGAUUGGCUGUGUAAGUUUACACAUCAUAGAGUAUGAACUCCACGUUACACACAGAGAUGGGCUCGUGUGUGUGUGUGUGUGUGUGUGUGUGUGUGUGUGUGUGUGUGUGUGUGUGUGUGUGUGUGUGUGUGAGGCCUGACCACGGUAUGUUUUACACAGGUGGAAAGGAGCUGAAAAACAAACAUUUGUAACGUAUAGAUUGUAUAAAAUUGGUAUCAAAAGAAGUUCAACAACCGUUAUCGAUGUCACGGUAUCGGAAAAAGAAAAAGUACCGAUACCCAGCCCUGUUUCAGUCAUUUUCUCAUUGAUGUAAGAAUACACAUGUUGCAGUUGGAGUAACCUUUCUAUUAUAUAUAUAUUAUAUAGUCAUACUGUCAGUGUAUUCUCAUUAUAUUUACAGGCAGUGUGACUAUUCUGUAACCGAUGAUGAAUGUUCGCCUUUUAAUCUCUAACCUGCUGUGAAUGAUUUUACUUUAUCUGUGAAACAAUAAAGAAUCAGUUCAGUUCAA